UCUGAUCCAAAUUAUCAGUCGCCCUUCAGAACUUAUUCAGUAAACAACAGUUAUAUUUUAAAUAUCGAAAAUGUUUACCAAAAUAUGCCUGGUAGCCGCUGUCAUCUUCGUGAUUGGCGCUGAAGCACAAGAACACCAUCAUGAGCACCACCAUCACGCCUCCUCCUCACAGAGCAUCAAGCAGCACCACGGGAAAGCCACUGAGAAACACGUUGAAUACUAUUCUCACCCUAAAUACGAGUUCGCGUACAAAGUGGAGGACCCUCACACCGGUGACAAGAAGUCCCAACAUGAGUCUCGUGAUGGUGACGUCGUGAAGGGCGUGUACAGUCUGCACGAGCCCGACGGUACUGUCAGGAUUGUGGAGUACCACGCUGACAAGAAGACUGGAUUCAACGCCAACGUGAAACAUGAGGGCCACGCCAAGCACAUCGUUCCUGAACACCACCACCACCACUGAUUCUGUGAUAUUAAAUGUACGCUUGUUAUAUUUUGACUCGUUGACUAUUGUUUAAUGUUAAUAAGU